CAGAGUUAAGAGUCACAAAAAUGGGCAACAAAAAGGAGAGAAUAAAGGACUUCAUCACUGCGGAACGUGUGGCUAUAUUCUUUGGCCUGCUGUCCACAUGUCUGAUCGUUGCCCUCGUAAUUGUGGUCGUUCACAGGGAUAAUUUGUGGAUAGAGUUGGACGAAGCCAAAAGGAAGUUGGAUGUGCUGGAAGACUACAUUCAAAGCCACUUGUUUAAUACCAUUUCUAAUAGAUAGACAACAGAAAUGAGGGUUUUUACAUUUUAUUUUAAGAUAUACUAUGUUUUGAAUAAUGA